ACAACAAUUUUUUCUUUUUGGGAAGAAAGAAAGAAAUUUCAGAUUUAAUUCUCUCUAAGAAAAAGAAAAUUUGCAACUAGGGACAGUUUUGCAAAACCCUCACCAACGUCAUAGUAGUUGCAAACCCCUGUUAGUUUCAACAGCUUCUCAUUUGCGGCAGGGUUGAAAAAUGGCGUCCAAUUGUACUGAAUCUGCGCAGCAACAACCAGCUUCAAAGAUUCAAAUUUACCCACCUGCUAACUCUGGAGUUUCUCCCUUCUGGAGAGAUAAAUAUGAAAAAGAUGCUAAAAAGUACUGGGAUAUAUUUUAUAAGCGUCACCAAGACAAAUUCUUCAAGGAUCGACAUUACUUGGACAAAGAAUGGGGUUCCUACUUUACUGGGCCUGGAGGAAAAGUUCUUCUUGAGGUUGGAUGUGGAGCUGGAAAUACCAUUUUCCCUCUUCGGGCUACAUAUCCAGAUGUAUUUGUACAUGCAUGUGACUUCUCUCAUCGAGCUAUAAGCUUAGUGAAGUCGCACAGAGAAUACACAGAGAACUGCAUAAAUGCAUUUGCUUGCGAUCUGACGAGUGAUGACCUGAGCAAACAGAUAGCUCCCUCAUCAGUGGACAUUGUAACCAUGAUUUUUGUCUUGUCUGCAGUGUCGCCUGAGAAAAUGUCACUAGUAUUACAAAAUAUCAGAAAAAUUCUUAAGCCAAAUGGCGUUGUACUUUUCCGUGAUUAUGCCACUGGUGAUCUUGCUCAGGAGAGGUUUGCGUGCAAGGAUCAAAAAAUCAGUGAGAAUUUUUAUGUCAGAGGUGAUGGUACACGAGCUUUCUACUUUUCUGAGGAGUACAUGAGAUUUCUAUUUGAAGAAAAUGGAUUUGUUACUGAAGAGAUUGAAUUGUGUUGCAAACAAGUAGAGAAUCGAUCUCGUGAAUUGGUUAUGAACCGGCGCUGGAUACAAGGUGUAUUCUGUGUCACAGAAACGGAGAAUGGUUUGGACCUAAAAACUGAUUUAAACAAGAGUACUCUUCAUGACAAAAGUAUUGUAAAUGAAGUCAAGGAGACUGUUGUUGGAAUGCCUAUUAUUGCUGGAGAAGUCGACAUGUCAGAAGGCGUGGCUGCACAAAUGUUUGGUAUUUCAUCUUCUGAUGAUGAGGUUAUCGAUGUCAGUUUUGGAGACUUUAGUUUCAAGAUAAAGGUGCUCUCUAAAGAGUAUCAACACACUUGCAAAUCAACGGGCUUGAUGUUGUGGGAAUCUGCUCGUUUGAUGGCUUACAUCCUUGCAGAAAAUCCAUCAAUUAUAGCAGGCAGACGUGUUUUGGAAUUGGGUUGCGGUUGUUCAGGCGUGUGCUCAAUGGUUGCUGCUCAUUCUGCUUAUUCUGUAGUUGCAACUGAUGGAGAUUCAAGUGCGCUUGACUUGUUAACCCAAAAUGUCACUGCAAAUCUCACAUCAACACACCUCCGCAGAUUAAUGGUAAGACCACUACAGUGGGGUGAUCAAGAACAUAUUGAUGCAAUCAAAAAAGAGAAUGAUAGAGGCUUUGAAGUCAUCAUAGGUACAGAUGUGACUUACAUUUCUGAAGCUAUUUCACCAUUGUUUGCCACUGCUGCAAAGCUUAUAUCAGCUGAACCCACCUCUGGAGAGCAGCUCGAGCCAGCACUAAUUCUCUGCCAUGUCCUGCGAAGAGUGGACGAGCCAUCUAUACUUUCAGCUGCCUCUAAGUUUGGAUUUAGGCUUGUCGAUAGGUGGCCAGCUAGUGGAAGUCCAAGCCAUACUCAAAACAUUAUGACUUCCUGGUUCUCCAAUAUUAACUCAAGGGACCAGAUUCCGAGUACUGCAUUAAGCGUCCUGUAUUUUCAAAGAGUUAAGUUGAUUUAGAUUUCAGGAUCUCAAAUUGAAAGUUCACUAAAACUUACAAUUUUCAGUUUAGCGAUGCUUCAGGCAUUGAAAUAGCUUUUAAAUUUUUGAUUUUGUAUCAUACAAUCAUUUAUUAUCUUGACAUAUAUUUUCAGAAUAGUUAAAAGGGUGUUAACCUUCAAAUUAUCAAUAAUGAGGGCUUUUGAUUCGAAAUGUUUUUGGUCUAGGAAGAUGAUUACCUGUUGUAUCUUUUCAGACUUUUAGGAAGAUGAUAUUGGUAUGCAGAUAUUAAUUUUGUGCA